ACGAUCAAUAUUGACUUGUUCUUCGUUGUUUGAGCUGAGGAAAAAUGGGAGAAAUUCAGAGUGUGAGAGGGUGUGUGUUAGUUCUUCCACAAAUACACCUCUCAAGCACUCUGCAGACUCGUGGACAGGUAGGCACAAGAAAGGUUCAUUCUUUCAGUGAACAGCGAUUGAAGUGGACGUGUGAUUGGAUUCUUGGGAUCUCUCUCUUGUUCGAUCAGUGCAAAUUCUGUAGAAGUGAUCUUGAAGAUAGCGCGAUCAUUUGUGGAGGAUAUCCUCUGUUGGUUGUUCUUGGAAAAUUCUCACCUUGUGACCCUGUGCUGAGGUGUAUUUGAUCAGUUUGAUCGUUGUUUUUGUCUGCGAUCACAAAAGUGUGCUUAAUUUUUUUUUUCUUGAAUAUUCUGGUGAAUUGUGUAUAAAGUUUUGGGUACAAGAGGUUUUAAAAAAAAAGUCUCACGAGAACGAAGUGAAUAUCGCACGGGGUAAUCAGACACCUGAGGAAUCAUCGAGAUGCGCCGUGAGGAUAAAAUUUCAGGCAGUGCAUCACAUACCUGUUAGCAUACGAUCAUUUGAUCUUGUCGCUGGACUCGGAGGUGGCCUGCGAAGGCAGAGAAUCUGGGAAGAUCGGGGCCGGACGUCCUUUGACAUCCAUACAGCCCAACGGUAGCAUUGAAUGCUCUACAAGAGCCUGUUACCUCUCUACCUACAAGUGCCUGCGGACCUGUCUUUUUCACCUCCUAAGCUAAAAAGACAACAUAUACGGUGUAUUGCAGCUUUUUGGCCGGGACUUGUAUUCUAUAUAACCAACCCGGACAUUACCCACACGUGAUUGAAUUGGAAGAAGUGAAACGGCAAAAGACUCUGGUGCGCAAGAAUGUCAGUGGAACCAGCGAAAUAUCACCAUCAUCAAUCGUCAGUGUCUUCGGUUGUACCACCAUCCAAGGGACACUUUCGAUCCUCCUCACUGGAAAAUAACAUCUACACACCCAUCAAGAGUGUCACAGCUUCAUCAUCUCCCCUCACAUCCCUUCAAUUGCCCGGAAAUGUUGCCCCCUUCAGUACAGGCACCCUCAAAUCACGCCGUGAACAGAAACGUCUCACGGACAUCGUUGCACAGCACCAUCGAAUGAACUCCGUAGAUGAUCUCAAUAGUCGAAAAUCACAAUUUCGCCUCAUUCGAGACAUCUUUGAGCAGAACAAAUCAACAAAUGAUCCAGCAGCCCCACCACCCAUUAUACCAGAUCAUCCUCCACCACCUGAAACCAAUCCUGCCAGUGUUGGAGAUGCCAAACCACCCAAAAUUCAAUCAUGCAGCGGAGUUUUAGAACAGGGUAAACAAGUGAUAAGACCUAUUGCCUUCAAACCUAUACCCUACAUUUCUGGUGAACCUGUCAAUCAGAGGUUCAGCGAUUUAGGCGAUCGAUAUGGCUCUACACCAUCGCUUACACCAAAUUUGGGAAACAAUUUGAAAUUUGGAAGCACAAGCGACUUGAGGUACAAUUGUAGCGUUGGCAAUCGUAAAUCACUGCAUUACUACAAUACAUACGAUAGCCUAGAAUCAAUAUCAAAGUCUCCCGACUCAAUAGCAACUAGUCAGAGUACAUUAAAAACAAUAAUGCCAUAUCAUCAUCACAACAAUCACCAUCAUCAUCAUCAUCAUCAUCAGGAUCUAUUGGAUAUGACACCAUCACCAUCAGACUCGGGAAUAUCGGAAUUGGAGGCUGCACUGCGUGAUCGUGACUCGGAACUUGCAUACUUGCGCCAGACAAUGGAGCACAAUGAAAAAGUAAUAUUUAAAGUUCAUCAGGACAAGGAGAAACAUUGGGAAGAUGAGGUGAAACGCCUCAAAAUCAUCCAUGAAAGUCGACUGAGAGCCAAUGCACAGAAGAUACAGAAGUUGGAGCAAAUGCUCAUGAUGCAAUCAUUUCAACUGAGACAGCAUAAGAAACGAGCUGCUGAAGAUGCUGAUCGACUCAAUGGUACAAUCAACGAGGUGAGGGAUCAGAAUGAACGCUACAGAAAUGAACUGUGUCACCUGAAAAUCACCGAGAAAGACCUCAAGGAGCAAAAUAGUGAUCUGGCUGAGGAAGUUCAGAUACUCCGUCGUAUGAUUGCGGACUUCAAGACACGCCUCGAGGAGACAGACUGGGCAAUUUGUCAGAAAAGUGGUGAAACAGCCCUCCUCAAGUCACAACUCCGCGAUGCUCAGAAUGACCUCAUGGCUAAAGAUCAGGAAAUUGCUCAACUUCGCAUUGAGAUUCGCAAUCAAAAUUGGGAAGAUAAAAAUACCCAUAAAAAUAUCCAGGAUAGUGCAAUGGAUACAGCUCUCGAAGUAUCACAACUCAAUCGAAUCAUCAUUCUCAAGGAUCAAGUUAUAAUGGCUAUGACAAAUGAAAUUCAGAAAUUGAGAAAGGAACUUUCAGAUGUAUCCCUAUUGCAGAGUUAUGAAGGUAUACCACCUGGACGGAAUACCAUGCCGAGAUUUCGUAGAGACAUUCUGGAUUUUCUCUAUGCGGAGAAUGACACAAAAUCAGGAGAAGAUCGAGAUAAAUGCCCAGAGAAAGAUAUCACCAAGUAUUUGAGUAAGAUUGAAGAAACUAAAAGGAACACCCUUCAGGAUUAUCCGUUUUUGGCCAAGGUCGAAAACAACCCGGACAAAGGAGAGAAGAAGACAACAAUAGACGAAAUGAAGACCAUCUUUCUCAAUAACCAGAUCUAUCCGUAUGACUGCAAAGAUAGUGUCAGUAAUCUAUUCAAUAUGACCCUAAACUUACUCCAACCGAAUCCAUCUUCCUCCCCAACCAUCAAACACAAAAGUGACGAAGAUGAGGUUGGAAGUGAGACAGAAAGUAGUAAAUGUGAUAAACAAACAGACUCCCAGUCAUCAUCGCCAACAACAACAGCAGACAGUAGCGAUGAUCGUCAGAUAUGUGACAAAGUCAAGAAUCUCCAGACGGAACUCGAAGAAGCAAAGGCCAGUUUUGACCAAGAGAGACUCAAGUGGGCUGAAGAAAAGGAGAAAGUCCUCUUCUACCAACGACAACUCCAACUAAGCUACAUGCAGAUGAUCAAACGAACCCAAAUGCUCGAAGAGAGGCUUCAAACAGGCGGAAUUGCUGAUGAUGGCAGUGAAAAUAUGCCAGAAUCUUAGGAACUUAAGAUCUUUUUUUUUUGUUUUCAUAUUAAAUGCAAAAAUUAAAAAUUUUCUACAAUAGCAUUUGAUCAAUUUUACUACAAAGUUUUGUUCCAUUAGAAAAAUGCAAACUUAGCAAAUUCUAGAAUGAUUUUCUAGCAGAUUCUAGUAGAUCAGAAGAAAUUAUAUUAACUAGACUCACACACAAUUUUGUUUUUUUCUUAUAUAGAGAGGCAUUAUUAAAGGCAUUUGAAAAUUUUCAAUUUAAUAAAAAAACAAAACUUCAAAACGCUUCGCGGUACCUUGAAUAGUAAGAUUUUCUUUUUUUGCCUUACGAUUUUAAUACAGUGAGUUUGUCUUAUAUCUUCAUUAUUAUGUAUCUCUUUCUCAGCACCAUUAUUAUGAAAAAUAGAUGCACGAAGAUUUAUAAGAAAAAAAAAACGAAGUCUUUAAAUUUGGCUCUUAGCCAGAUAUUUCACUUAUUUAUUAUUACUUUUUUGUAUAUAUAAAAAUAAUUUUAGUGAAAUAAAAUUAGAUGCAUUCCACAGA